AUGAGGCUGAUCGCCGUGCCGCUGGCUCGGUCGCGACCGGGCAUCAACCCGAUAUCGACGUUUGUGGCGCAGAGGGCCGCCAACGCCGUGCACCGCGCCACCACGACGGCGACAGGAACGACGACGACGACGACAACGACGACGACUGACGGCUCGGAUCCUCAGCGCAAGGCGCCGCUGUCCAAGAGGCUGCUGCAGCGGGCGUCGGCGUUCUGGAUCGACCUGGGGCGCACCGACCAGAAGAGCACGCUCGACUGGAAGCGGCGCACCUACGUCACGGGCGAGCGGCUCAUGGACCGCAUCGAGUACCAGGAGUGGGCGCUCAAGGGCAUCGACCCAGCCAUGGACCCCAAGCUCAUCGCUGCCCAGGCGGCCGUCGACGGCGGGCAAGGCUCCGAGAAGAGCGCGGUGGAUGCCGGCGCGAGCCCACAGAUCCCGCUGCUGUACCCGCCCUCGCUGCUGAAGCCGGAGCCGCUGAUCGCGUCGCUCAAGAAUCUCACCGACCAGCGGACGCCGCACCACUACAAGAGGUUCUGGGUCUGCGUCGUCGGGAUGCCCUUCACCAUCCCCUUUGCCCUGAUCCCCGUCGUUCCCAACCUGCCCUUUUUCUACCUCGUCUAUCGGGCCUGGAGCCACUGGCAAGCCUACAAGUCGUCGGCGUUCCUCUCCGGGUUGAUCGCGCAGAACCGGCUCGUGGCCCAGCAAAGCCCCGAGCUCGACUCAAUCUACGCGGAAGCGGCGCCGCCUCCUGCCGAGCCGGCAGCGUCGUCGAGGGAAGAGGGCAAGAAGGCCAGCGAGAGCCGGCCGAGCGACGACGACGAGAGGAUGCUGCUCAAGCGGCACCACAUUGAGCUGCUCAUGGGCCGGCUGGAGCUGCCCGAAUCGUGCAAGGCCGACCUGCGCCGGGCGCGGUUGCAGGUGGAGCGGAGCAUGCUCGAUGGCAAGCUCGAGGAGCUCGAGAGCAAUUCGGCCGGCCUCAAGUGA